AUGGCGUUGGAACAAUCCUACCCUCGGCGCCGCCCAUCACCGACCCACUCUAGUGAAGAACGUAUAUCAAGCAAUGCCAGUCUACACUCAUUGGAGGGCGAUCUCUCUCAAUCUCACGAGUCGCCCAAGGAACCUCAGUCAUCAUCGAUCACCAACAACUAUUCCAUGUUAACAACAUCUCUCGAUGACAAGUUCGUUCAACGUCGAAGUAUGACUCUAUAUAGAGUGCACUCGGAUGGAGAGGGCAUUGAGCAUCCUGAUGCUGGUGAUCUAGGCAAUAGCAAUAGCCAAGAACAGCUAAAUGAACUUGAAGAUAUAUUUUCAUCCCAAGAACAUCGCGUCAGAGAUCAGACACAAACGGACGCAGCGUCACCAUGCGAUUCAAUAAGGAUGGGUGGAACAACCAGUCGAGAAUGCCUGGAAAAAACUGAUCUCGUUACUGGUUCAAGUCGAAGAGACCGGCCACCUUCAUACCGAAGAAGCCAUGGCCGAGCACCGGGUAUGAAGACUUUAUAUGGUGACGAGUUUCUUCCUCUGGCAAUUUCCUCCGGCGUGAAGCCUACAAAACCCAAAACGGUCUCGCAAGAUACCGAUACAGUCGGUGGAGGAUCCUCACCGCCUGGAUAUUUUGGAGAUGUGCAGUUACCCAAGGAGUCUACGUCAGACAUGCCUACCGGAUCGACGCCCAAGCAUAACCCUGAGCAGGUAGAUAUCGACUUUUCCAAAACCAUCAACAAAUUCAAACAGGAAACCAAGGACUCUCGGCACACUCAUAGAGCUUCAAUUGACUGGCGUAGACGAGUGAUGGCCUUCGAACCAAGCACUGACAGAUUAUCGCCCACCAGUGACAGCACGUCGAUUCCUCAUUCCCCUCCUAAUUCAUUUGCCAAUGAUAGGAUGUCAAUGUCUACUGCAGUAGACAGUGUCUAUGUGAAUUUCGAUCAUUUUUCUCAAUCUGAGAAACAGAACUCGGAUUUCUCGAAAGAAGAAGAUUACACCGAUGAUUAUCCUCGAAACUUUAGUCCGGAAGACAUAGUUCACAUCUCUAAGAAAAAAGUACGCAUACUGGAGGGGCGAAAUGUGCUUCGAUUCGUGUUAGGAUUGGCGAGCUCAUUUGUGGCCGCCAUACUUGCCGGCUUAUACUUAUAUCUACGAUAUCGAUACAUGGUCAAGGUGCUAAAGACCACCUCUCAAAGAUACACUGAGGCAUGGGUGUUUCUAGCACUCGAAAGUCUUGUGUGGACUUCUCUAGGACUAUCUGGAUUGUACGAUGUGUUAUCACAGCUACCACGCCGUACAUCACAUGUGUCCGGCAUGAGAAUCAAGAGCGAAGCACACUUACCAAUCGUCGAUAUCUACAUCAUCACUUCUGGGUUUCCAGACCCGAUUGUUAUGGACACUGUAGCUGCGACUUUGGCAUUAGACUACCCACCUUCACGAUAUCGUGUGAUAGUCAUUGACAAUUCCCAGGGGUCGAAUCUUCAACGACAAAUCGAACGCUUUCGUAAUCGGCCUAUGAAUCUGUUGUAUCAGCGUGUGGUGGGUGAUGAUUCUAUGAGACAUCGGUGUCACCCCAGCGGAUAUGCUAUCCAAUUCGCCUUACAACAACCCACCCCACGAAACCCAAGCCCAUUCAUUGCGAUCUUAGACGGCGAUAUGAUUCCUGAACUGGGCUUUUUGCGCUCUUUGGUCCCCCAUAUGGUUCAAGAUCCGAUGGUCGGCCUUGUGGCCUGUCCGAUGGCGUAUUACAACCUUCCCAAAUUUUUGCAAGGUCCCACUGCAACACUUCUAGAAAUGUCAGGUACACUUGUCCGUCCUCGCGAUACCACUCUUCAUGGUAUAAGAUCAGGAAUUAUUUUGCGCCGUUCUGCUUUAAGGGACAUCGGCGGAUUCCCAGCUUACUCUUGCAUUGACGAUGGAGCUGUGGUCUCCCUACUUAAUCAAAAAGGUUAUCGCAGUGUGGUUGUCAAAGAGCCAGCCCAAUGUGGUACUGCUCCAUUGGAUUUUGUUACUGCCACGAGCCAUCUGUCUGCUCUCAGAUUUGGACCUUUCAAGAUAGCUGCGUCUAGUGGCUCCUUCGGCGCACGAAUCUGCGGCCUUUUUGAACCGAUUUGUCGAACGAUAUUCAGCUUUUUGAUAUUUUGUGGAAUCGUUUCCAUACCCCUUCAGUUCUUUUCUUCCACAGUUCUUGUACCUGUCUUGAAAAAAUCACAGCUCGUCAACUUAAUUCAAAUGUCCGCCAUGAUGCUUUUUGCUUUCAGUCUGCGUGACUCAAUCUGGUGUACCCGCUCAAGUACUCCAACUUUCCGUCGGCGCUUGCAAACUUGGGCCUUCGUUGCUCCUUAUGACAUGAUCGUCAUCAUCAGUCGACUCAACCCAUUCAGAUCUACCCGUUAUAUCAAUGCAUCAAGAGUAGAAGCCCCCUCUACUCGACUCAGAAGGAUCCGUCGCGCCACAACUACAGGGCUAGCCUGGCUCCAUCUUUUACUAGCAAUCACUAUCGCAGCAUCAGUGAUUUACAAAAUCGUGCUCCUUGCCACGAAUCGACGUGAAAUGGGCACUAUUUACCAAACUGGGCUUUUAGCUAUCAUCUCUGGUUCAUUCUGGCCCACGCUUGUUUUUGUGGAUAUUUGGUUGGGUCUAAUGACACCUCUCACUCUCGCACUUAAAUCAUCAAGGAUACCAUUUCGGGAAGAUUUAUUGAUUCGAGAUCCAUUCACUAUGGUAGCUAGACCCAAGUUAACUUCUCGAACUUAUUACCCUUUUAUUGUAGUACAUUCCCCGAUGGAAUGUGUCAUCAGUUUAAUGUUUGCUGCUUAUAAUCUUUUCUUAUUGGGGCUCAGUUUUUUUCAAAUCCAACGUUAG